AUGAAGCCAUCAAAGCUAAAACGACAUUUAGUAACUAAACAUCCCCAAUUCCAACAUAAAGAGGAAGACUUUUUUAAAAGGUAUGAAAAUUCGAUAAAAGUUCAAAAAAAUACUAUGCGUAAUUUUACUUCAGUACCUAUAAAAGCUCUAGCUGCGUCAUUAGAGGCUUCAUAUUUAAUUGCAAAAACCAAAAAAUCACACUCUAUUGGUGAAUCUCUCGUUUUGCUAGCCGCUAUAAAAAUAGUAUCAAUUAUGCAUGGCGAAUCAUAUGCAAAUGAAUUAAAAACAAUUCCCUUAUCAAGAGAUACUGUAUCACGUCGAAUUGAAAAUAUGUCCGAUAAUAUAAAAUCACAACUCCUAAAUAGAUUACGAGGAAAUUAUUUUGCAAUGCAAUUAGAUGAAUCUACGGAUAUAACUAAUCUUGCUCAACUUCUUGUAGAUGUUGAUCUUGUAUGUUAG